ACGAGCGACAGCAACCAUGAGCCAGCGGGAGUUCGAGCGCAAGAUGGAGGAGCACAUCGAGGAGAUGCGCGUGACGCAGACCAUCGCGUACUUCAGCCGCACGGUGGAGCUGUGCUUCUCGGACUGCGUGCACGCCUUCCGCAGCAAGAAGCUGGACGACAAGGAGACGUCGUGCGUCAACAACUGCGCCGAGAAGUUCCUGCGCCACACCAUGCGCUCGUCCGUGCGUCUGCAGGAGAGCUACGCCGAGAUCAUGCAGCAGCAGCAGGAGCAGCAGAAAUAGAGCGGCUCCUUACUGGAGUGACAGGCAGGGGGAACGAGUGGCCACGAGGGGCAGACGUUGAUGCAGUAAAUGAACACUAAACAAGAUGCUCGCAGCGGCGCUUCAAGGCUGGCUUUUUGCAUG